GCAUCCUCCUAAUCGUUUGUGCUACAAAAACUAAAAUGGGUAGCAAUUCAAACACUUUCAAGCCGGUGCAAGAAUCAUUACUCGAAUCUGGUGGGAAAGUGCCCAAAAGGUACAUAAAAGAAAAGGAAGAAGAAGAAGUUAUUGAAGAUAUUCCUGAUCUUGUUUUGAAAAAUGAUCUAAUCAUUGAUCUUUCUCUCCUUUCUUCAUCAUUCCCAAACGAACUCGAAAAGCUUCGUUCGACUCUUACUUCAUGGGGCUACGUUCACGUGAUAAACCAUGGAAUGUCAUGCUCAUUCCUAGACCAGGUUCGAGAUGUUAUCACGCAAUUCUUCACUUUGCCAACUCACCUAAAGGAACCUUAUUUUAUCAAAGAUAAUCAAGCUCCAACUGAUGCACCAUUAAAUGGAUAUGGAAGUGAUAACGCAUACAAACAGGUGAUCUUAAACUGGAAUGAUAACAUGCAUCUCCAACUUUAUCCACCCACUAAACACAAUUUUGAAAAAUGGCCUUCCAUACCUGAAAGUUUCAGGAGUACACUACAUGAGUAUACAAUGAAGACUAAGAUGAUUAUUGAUGAAGUACUAAAAGCAAUGGCUUGUUCAUUGAAGCUGGAAGAGGAAAGCUUCUUUAAGCUAUGGGGAAACGACGAAAAUGAUAUAAUUCUGGGAAGGUUCAACUAUUAUCCUCGAUGCCCAAUGGCAGAUAAAGUUCAUGGUUUGAAACCGCAUGGAGAUGGAUCCGCCAUUACCAUUGUUUUACAAGAUAAAUAUGUUGAUGGACUUCAAAUGUUUAAAGAUGAUAAAUGGUUUAAGGUUCCCAUCAUUCCUGGAGCUGUCUUAUUCAUUGUUGGUGAUCAAAUGGAGAUAAUGAGUAAUGGCAUAUUUAAGAGUCCUACACAUAAAGUAGUGCCUCAUUCACAAUUUGAUCGAACCUCUCUAGCUAUGUUUUGCAUUCCAAGUCCAAAGAAAGAGAUUGGACCUCUUAAAAGAUUAAUAAACAAAGAUAGACCACAAUUAUACAAGAACUUGAAGGAUUAUGCUCAAAUUUUCUUCCAAUCCUACCCUGAAAAUGAUAAGGAUAGGAAGAUUCAUGAUGUCAAGCUUAGAUAUUAAUUUUUUUUGUUUCAUUGUUUGCGUGUUUGCAUACUAAUUUCCAUUAUUGAAAAUCAACAUAAACGGAUUUGUUUCAUAAUAAAUUUAGUGGUAUCAAUGUCAUGCUUUUUAUGUAAUGUACUAUAGUACUAUGUAUCUCUAUUUUCAAAUGAGAUUAGCAUUUAUUGCGAU